AUGGAGCACAUCAUGGAAUACGCCAAGGAAUCUUCCCCCGUCGAUAGUGCCAGUGAUGAUUACUCCGAUGAACAUCCCGAUCAUCCCGACUCGGUCGAGCUCGCUCGUAUCAACACAUAUCGUCUGCAACAGAGGGCUACGGUAGGGUCGACGCGAGGACCUGAGCCUAGAGAGGAAUGGUUGCCUAUGGGUGCUGGGAAGGAGUAUCCGCCGGUGCUUCCUGAUCCGGAGACAUAUGUGGUGGAAUUUGAUGGUGCGGAUGAUCCGCUUCAUCCGUGGAACUGGUCGAUAGUACGGAGGACUAUCCUCGUCGCCAUCCUCUGUUACUCUACCUUCGCUACAGCCUUCACCAGCGCCGUUUUCUCUGCUGCCGUCUCCGCCGUAAGCAAGGAGUUUCAUGUCGGGAGAGAAGUCAGUACCCUCGGAGUUACUCUAUACGUGUUUGGAUUUGCGGCCGGACCGACCAUCUGGGCACCGGCAUCAGAACUCAUCGGACGACGCUGGCCGUUGUGCAUUGGUCUGUUCGGAUGCGGAAUCUUCACCAUUGCUGCUGCCACGGGUAAAGACAUCCAGACCAUCAUGCUGGGUCGGUUCUUCGGGGGCCUCUUUGCUGCCAGUCCUGUUUCUCUGGUCCCUGCCGCCUUUGCGGAUCUGUUCAGUGCUGCCCAUCGUGGAGUCGUCAUGUCGAUCUUCUGCAUGGCGGUGUUCAUCGGACCGUUUGCAGCUCCGUUCGUGGGUGGGUUCAUUGCCACGAGUCCCUUGGGAUGGAGAUGGACCAUGUAUAUCUCGGCUAUCAUGGUCUUCCUUGCAUUCGUGCUGGUAUUCCUCUUCCUCGAUGAGACAUACGCGCCGGUCAUUCUCGUCCGCAAGGCUGCUGUCCUGCGCAGACAGACCCGCAACUGGGGUAUCCACGCCAAGCAGGAUGAAGUGGAGGUUGACAUCAAGGAACUGGUCCGCAACAACUUCCUUCGUCCGUUGAGCAUGCUUGUCACGGAGCCGAUUCUCCUUCUCAUCUCCUUGUACAUCUCCUUCGUCUAUGGCCUUAUCUAUGCUCUCCUCGGUGCCUAUCCAGUGGUCUUCGACGACGUGUACGGAAUGAGCAUGGGCGUCGGUGGACUCGCUUUUAUCGGUCUGAUUCUGGGAGAGUUGAUCGGUGGUGUCUUUAUCUUGUGUCUACAAGGUUCUUACAAGCGCAAGUUGGCAGCAAACGGAGGCAAGCCUAUUCCUGAAUGGCGUCUCCCGGCUGCCAUUGUCGGCGCUGUUGCUUUUGCCAUUGGCAUGUUCUGGUUCGGCUGGACCGGCUACACGAACAAGAUCCACUGGAUGGCUCCGACCGCAGCAGGUGUCCUGAUCGGAUUCGGCAUCCUCUGCAUCUUCCUGCAGUGUUUCAACUAUAUCGUCGAUUGUUACCCUACCUUGGUAAAACACAAUGCUAACGAGCACAGGGCUGCAUCCACAAUUGCUGCAAAUACAAUUCUCCGGUCAGCCGUUGGCUGUGUCUUUCCGCUGUUCUCGCGUCAGAUGAUGGUUAAUCUGGGCGUGCAGUGGGCGGGGACGCUGUUGGGGUGCAUUGCGGCCAUUAUGAUUCCCAUGCCGAUUGCGUUCAUGAUCUUUGGUCCGUGGAUCCGGCAGAGGAGUAAGCUGGCUUCGUCGCCGGCUCGAGAUGUGGAGAAGAAGAGUGAUGUUUGA